UGGGAGGGGGCUGGGAAUGCAAGUGUGUGUGGACAGCCCCAGUGUCGGGGAGGAAGGGAGGGUAGAGGGGGGAAAAGGAAGGAGAGAGACUCGGGAGGAGCUAACUGCGUGUGCAGAGCCGGACAUGGAGGAGCGCGGGUCUCCCGAUGGGAACCCCGCACGGAACCUGGAGCAAGGCCCCGAAGGCCCGGAAACGUCCAUCCAGGUGGUCCUCAGGGUGCGUCCCAUGAGCGAGGCGGAGCUUCGCAGGGGGGAAAAGAGCGCCCUGCACUGCUCAGGGACCCGGACUCUGCAGGUGACUCCCCCGGGCGGGGGCCCCGACGUGGCGUUCCGCUUCGGGGCCGUGCUGGACGGGGCGCGCACGCAGGAGGACGUGUUUCGGGUCUGUGGCGUGCGGCGUCUGGGAGAGCUGGCGCUGCGCGGCUUCUCCUGCACGGUCUUCACUUUUGGCCAGACGGGGUCUGGGAAGACCUACACCCUGACCGGACCUCCUCCCCAGGGGGAAGGGGAGCCGGUCCCCCCUGGUCUGGCUGGCAUCAUGCAGAGGACCUUUGCCUGGCUCCUAGACCGCGUGCAGCAGCUGGGGACCCCCGUCACCCUCCGCGCCUCCUAUCUGGAGAUCUACAAUGAGCAGGUUCGGGACCUGCUGAGCGUGGCGUCUCCCCGGCCUCUCCCCGUUCGCUGGAAUAAGACGCGGGGCUUCUACGUGGAGCAGCUGCGGGUGGUGGAGUUUGGGAGUCUGGAGACGCUGAUGGGACUGUUGCAGCUGGGUCUUAGCAGGAGAAGGAGCUCAGCUCAUACCCUGAACCAGGCCUCCAGCAGAAGCCACGCCCUGCUCACUCUCUACAUCAGCCGCCAAACUCCCCAGCAGAUGCCUCCUGUGGACUCCGGUGCGCCCCCUGCUGGUGGGAAGCUGUGCUUUGUUGACCUGGCCGGCAGUGAGAAGGUAGCAGCCACAGGGUCCCGUGGGGAGCUGAUGCUGGAGGCCAACAGCAUCAACCGCAGCCUGCUGGCUCUGGGCCACUGCAUCUCCCUGCUGCUGGACCCCCAGCGGAAGCAGAGCCACAUCCCCUUCCGGGACAGCAAGCUUACCAAGUUGCUGGCCGACUCGCUGGGCGGACGUGGGGUCACUCUCAUGGUGGCCUGUGUGUCCCCAUCAGCCCAGUGCCUUCCGGAGACCCUCAGCACCCUGCGAUAUGCCAGUCGUGCUCAGCGGGUGACCACCCGGCCACAGGCCCCCAAGUCCCCCACGGCAAAGCAACCCCAGCGUUUGGAGACUGAGAUGCUGCAGCUUCGGGAGGAGAACCGACGCCUGCAGCUCCAGCUGGACCAGGCAGACCCCAAGGCCUCUGGGCAGAGCGGGGCCCGGCUGGCCUGGGCCCAGCGGAGUCUCUACGGGAUGCUCCAGGAGUUCAUGCUGGAGAAUGAGCGGCUCAGGAAAGAGAUGAGCCAGCUGCAGAGUAGCCGGGACCUGGCCAGGGCUGAGCAGCGCGUCUUGGCCCAGCAGGUGCACGAGCUGGAAAGGCACCUCCACUCUGCCUGCUACCUUCGCCAGCUGGGUCCCGGCCUGGCCCCACCGUGUCCCUGUGGGAUGGGACCAGCUCCACCGUGCCAGGCACUGCCGCCUCUCUGCUCCUGCCCCUGCUGCCACCUCUGCCCUCUGUGCCGAGUGCCUCUGGCCCACUGGGCCUGCCCACAGGGAGGGCGCCACCUGCCGCAGGUGCUGACCCCUGAGGCCCCAGCUGGUGUGCCCCUGUCCGGCCGGCCCCCACCCUGGGCGCCCCCGUGCAGCCCUGGCUCUGCCAAGUGCCCAAGAGAGAGGACUCACAGCGACUGGACUCAGAUGCGAGCUCUGGCUGACAUGCUGACCGAAGAGGAGGUGGCACCGUCUGCACCCCCCCUGCCCGUGGGGCCCCCAGACACAUCACCGGCACUGAGAGGUGGGGCCGGAGUUCCCAACCUGGCCCAGAGACUGGAAACCCUCAGGCAGCAGAUCGGCAGCUCUCUGAGACGUGGUCGGAGCCAGCCACCUCCUCACCAGGGCGCUCAGAGCUCUGGCCAGGCCCUCCCUCCCCGCUGAAGCCACCAUGGAAACCCAGGAAGCUGCCGUGUGGCCUCCGCCUGGCUCUGUGCACUUGGACUUCAGCUCCCCUGGCUGCGAAUGGGGAUAGCGGCCGCUCACCCUGCAGCCAGGCUUGGCAGAGGCCGGCUCCAAGGGCAGGGGUGGGGCGGGUGCUGGUGGAGCUGUCAGGGGAACAAGGGGACCCUGUGGAAUAAGUCUGGACUCCGGAGA